CUUGAGACGCUUCGCUCUCUCUCUCUCUCUCUCUCUCUCGUGUUCUUCUCGUCUUCUGCCCGAGUGAUGGCCAGCCUCACCGACCUCGUCAACCUCGACCUGAGUGACUGCACCGACAGGAUCAUCGCCGAGUACAUCUGGAUUGGAGGAACCGGCAUAGACCUCAGGAGCAAAGCGAGGACGGUGAAAGGCCCCAUCACCGACCCGAGCCAGCUGCCGAAAUGGAACUACGACGGCUCCAGCACCGGGCAAGCUCCCGGAGAGGACAGCGAAGUCAUCCUCUACCCUCAAGCCAUUUUCAAGGACCCGUUCAGGAAGGGUAACCACAUCCUUGUGAUGUGUGACUGCUACACGCCACAAGGCGAGCCAAUCCCCACCAACAAGAGGUACAGCGCCGCCAAGGUUUUCAGCCACCCCGACGUCGCAGCUGAGGUGCCGUGGUACGGUAUUGAGCAGGAGUACACCCUCCUUCAGAAGGACGUGAGCUGGCCCCUCGGCUGGCCUGUUGGUGGAUACCCUGGUCCCCAGGGACCAUACUACUGCGCCGCCGGUGCCGACAAGGCCUUUGGGCGCGACGUGGUUGACGCCCACUACAAGGCCUGCCUCUACGCCGGCAUCAACAUCAGCGGCAUCAACGGCGAAGUCAUGCCUGGACAGUGGGAGUUCCAAGUGGGGCCGUCCGUUGGGAUCUCUGCCGGCGACGAGAUAUGGGUCGCCCGCUACAUUCUCGAGAGGAUCACCGAGAUGGCCGGAAUCGUCCUCUCCCUCGACCCGAAGCCGAUCAAGGGCGACUGGAACGGCGCCGGCGCCCACACCAACUACAGCACCAAGUCGAUGAGGGAGGCCGGGGGAUACGAGGUGAUCAAGGCGGCGAUCGACAAGCUGGGGAAGAGGCACAAGGAGCACAUCGCCGCGUACGGCGAGGGCAACGAGCGCCGCCUCACGGGCCGCCACGAGACCGCCGACAUCAACACCUUCAAAUGGGGCGUGGCGAACCGCGGCGCAUCCAUCCGCGUCGGCCGCGACACCGAGAGGGAGGGCAAGGGCUACUUCGAGGACCGCAGGCCGGCGUCCAACAUGGACCCCUACGUCGUCACCGGCAUGAUCGCCGAGACCACCAUCCUGUGGAAUGGAAACUGAUCAAGCAUGUGCAUUCUCGAGGGAGCCCACUGUUUUUCUUCUGCACAACGCAUCCGCCGUGGUGUCGCUUUGGUUUUGAAAUUUAGAUUCCGUUGUCCUAAAAUUUAUCACUACGGUCUCCGGUGUAUUGCUCGGGAACAAUGAAUAACGACUGCGAUGUUUUUUUGUUUUUGCUUGCGUCAUAGAUGUACGUUUGGCUGUGCUUCCAGUUUAUUGGGUAAAUGAAAAAAAUGUAAUGGUCUAUCGGUCUC